AUGAGCUCGGCCGAUUUGCGCGAUCAUGCUCUCGGGACUCUCCCUGCGGGGAACGACGUCGCUCGGGAGGUGUCCAGAGGCGCAAAGCCGCCAGAUGUCAGUCGAAAAAUUACCGCCUGCGUCGCAUGUCGAAAGCAAAAGAUCAAAUGUCACAUGCCCCAGGGGCAAGCGCCAUGUAUACGCUGCAGAAAGAGAGGUCUCUCGUGUACGGUAAAUCGCAGUCUCCAGAUGUUGAUCGAGGAUCAUACAACAUGGAAAUCUGCCAUGAUGAAAAAGAUGCAAAACUUCGAGACAGCCUUGGCUAAGAUCGGGGAGCGACUUUCGAUGCCUGAACUGCAAUGUUUCUCUGAGCCACCAGAUGCUGUCCAACUCUCUCCAGGUAGUAGUAAUCAUGACUUCGAGCAACCCCCACCUCAUUGCGAUCCCCAGCAGGCUUGGGAGGUAGUGAUGGAUCCGAACUGUGGUCCGGCAUCUAUACCAGCCUCUUGUGUAUCCGAAGUCCAUAAACAAGCGUCUCCAGGCGGCUCACGAUCCACAAGUCCGUCAGAUCUCAUCUCUUGUGGGGUCAUCUCUAUACAACAGGCAGAGCUACUUUUCAUGACCUACCAUCAGCGGCUUGACCAUUUCCUUUAUCGGGUUCUGGGCCAUCAUGAAAGCCUCGCAAGUGUACGGCAGAGCUCUCCACUUCUGACCGCUGCUGUUUGUUCUGUAGCCGCUCUCCAUUCGGACGAAGCCGGCCAUCUUUUUGGUCCCUGCUAUACAGAGUUCAAAAACACAGUUAGCGCCCAGAUGUUUUCGAGGGAAAACGGCCUGGAUGAUGUACGUGGGUUGUGCAUAGGCGCAUUUUGGCUUAGCAAGCUUUCCUGGAUCCUUGUCGGCACUGCUGUGCGAAUCGCCUCCGAAAUCCAACUACAUCGCGGAAUCUAUCAAGCACUACAGGGGGAUAAAGAAGGGUAUUAUCAGACUCGUGUAUACUACCUCGUGUAUGUCUGUGACCACCAUUUUUCGGUGACAUACGGUCGCCCGCCGAUGACGCGAGAAUGCGACUCGAUCACUGCCGCCAGUCGAUUUUUAGAGACAAGAAAUGCAACCGAGGACGAUGCAAGACUUGUUAGCCAAACGCUCAUCUGGACCGUCAGUACGCAUGUGUUUGAUAGUCUCGGGGUAGAUGUGGACACUCCACUGGCUGCUUCUAGAUUAUCACAGCUUCGUCGGCACGCGAUCUCGCUGGAUAUCUGGUAUGCAGAUUGGAGCGAACGUUUCCGUCCAAACGAAAAAGUUGGCAACUACCCUCGAAAGGGUGUUGGCUUGCACUUCAACUUUGCCAAGUUAUAUUUGUGUUCGCAUGCCUUCCGUGGCGCACCAUCAAAUGGCAGUGUCCAGAGUGACAUGCCGCAAGAGCUGGAAGAUAUCGCGAACACUGCAGUUCUUUCAGCUACAUCUAUACUGCGUGUUAUUGUCUCUGACGGAGAACUUCAGGCAUAUUUAAAUGGGUUACCGCUAUAUUUUGAUACGAUGAUUGCUUUUGCGGUUAUUUUUCUCCUCAAAGUCGCAACGAAGUACUCCGAAAUUGUGAGAAUAGAUGCGGCCAAGAUAUUGGAUCUUGUGAGACAGACAGUUACAGUCCUGAGAAGGAUUACGGCACCUAUGCAUAAGCAACACUUGCUGGUUUGUAUCGCCGAUGGAAUAGAGAAACUUUUGAGGAAGUCCCAAGAAUUAACACAAAUGAGUUUUGAUCCCUCAACAAGCCUUGAGAAUGCCCAGCAAACAGACCCUUUUGCGAACGGUUUCCAAUGGAUCAACAACAUGGGGGACUUCGAUAUCUUAUCCUCUCAGACUAAUAUGUCAGGUCUUGGACCCUGGUCUUUUGCCUUUGACUUGGAAGGACCGUCUUCCCUAUAG